CAUACAAAUCAUAGAAUCAUAGAGUUGGAAGAGACUACAAGUGCCAUUCAGUCCAACCCAGAAGCUUGGGUUGAAGGGUGGGAGGUAAAGAGAUAUUUGUGAAUGGGGCAGGGGACAGAUUUCACAACAAAGCGUAAAUGCUUGCCUUUGUUCAUAUUCCAGAAGAGACUGAAAAAAUGCUGCUAUGCUUCCAAGAACAAGUUGUGGUUAUUUUUAAAUACUUCUCAAUAAGGUGUGUCCAUCAAGCUCACAACAUUAUUUGGUUAUUUUCCUUGUAGUACUGUAAUUAUCUAGCUCUUGUUGAUGUGAAUUGGGAAUACAUCAGAUACUCAUGUAGAUGAUCAAGUUGGAAGAAAUGCUUUCAGAGGGAAAGGAACUCCAACAGUGAAUCUGUUAACUUUUUUUCAGUUCUGUUCACCUUCAUAACUCUUCAUAACUUCAUAACUUUGCACUAUUUCCUUGCUAAUAAAAAAAAUUCCUCUUCCUCCUCAGUUAAGAGAAGUAGUGAUUUUGGCCAAUAGCAUGAAAAGUCCCACUAUUUGGUGGAGGAAACUGUAAAUGAAAAAUGAGUUUAUAAGGUAGCAUUGGAUACCUCACUAUACAAUUAUCGUAAAAGUACACCCACGUAAGCAGGAAGUGUGCCUAUAUAAUGCCCUUAGGAGAUAUCAACCAUUGUAUUUGAUAGGAUAAGGUAUUGAUAGUAUAUCGCCAAUCAGAUUUGGCUGCCUUACUGUGAAAUCAUUAAAAAGAAAUUAAGACAGUUCAGAGUAGGAUCCAUACUUCUCUUUUAGUGAUAUGAAUAGCUGAUUCAGUUGGGAUCUAUAUACUGAAGAUUUCAUGUUGAUAUAUAAGCAGUAGGAUUUGGCUAAAUUUUAAUAUUACUAUGACCAAAAGCAGGCAAUCCAAGAACCAUUGUCCUCCCUUGGAAAAAAUGAAAGAGUCUUUGACAUUGUUGAAAAUGAGUAUCUGCAUUGCAUGUUUUAAUUUUUUUGUAGUGAAAACUACGUUUCCUAACCAAUGCAAGAGAGGGAGUGCCAGAGACGAAAUAUUUUUGUUGAACCGCAACUUUUAAAUUAUUUUGUGUUUGUAGCUCUUUCUGUAACACAAAAAAAAAUGGUUGUGCUAGAUUAUAUAUUCAUUAUGUAAGCACACAGCUCACACCUACUUGUGAAUAUAUCAAGGAAGUAAUAAGUUGAAAAACUAGACUGGAAAAUGCAGAAUAAGGAUUUGUUAUCCUGUCAUUUAUUUAGGGCAGACUGAUUUCGCCAUGGCCUCAUUUGCUGAACUAAAUGCUAAAUUUGCCAUCGAUUUCCUCUAUCUCCUGAGCCAAAAACACCCAGAUGAAAACAUAAUGUUUUCUCCAGUGAAUCUUUCCUCUGCCUUGGGUUUUUUAACUUAUGGAUCACAAUGUGACAAAAAAGUGGAGCCAGAAAAGGUGCUUUCUUGCAACAAAGAGAAAGAAUCCAUUAAUUCAGAAACCAAAUGCCUUUCUGAAACAUCAGCAAGAGGUCAAAGUUUGGGGAGCAAGCAAAGCAGAUAUCUUCCAAAAUUGCCAAACGCUCAAACCACUUGGAACAAAACUAGCUGUAGAGAAUCCUCCCUGUUCAAAACAUCUGAAGAAGGUGAGAAACAAACUACAAAAGAGAAUUUGGUUUUGUUAGCAGCUGAAACUAUUUUGUUAGCAGAAAAUAUUCCUCAAGCAGAUGCUGAGGAAGAGAGUUCCUUGCACUAUGUUCCCUGGAGAAAACAUCUCACAGGAAUGGAAGAGAGUGAAAAUCUAACUCAAGAAAAUCCAUCUGCAGAAGGAAAGGUGACUGAAAAUGAAGCUACUGCUCACAAGUAUGUCUGCGAAAACUUGACAGAAACAAGUUCACCAACUGCACCCUCAAGAGUUGAAGAUGCCAUAGAAAAUCUAAGAACCAUGUUGUCUGAAUUCAGGCAUACAGUGAAAUGUGCAGAUAACAAUGCACAGACAUUCAAGGAAAGUUGGUUGCUCUUUAAAGAAUGUUGUGACAACAUGUGUACAAGCAUGUCAAACCUUCAAGGUGUUUUGGAAUCCCUCAUCACAGUUUUAAGAGAGUAGGGAGGAAACACAUUUAUGGGAAGGAAUUAAAUUAAACAUAUGGCUCAUACUGAAAAUCAGUCUCAUUAUAUAAAUUGAUAGCUUAAGCCAACUGUUUUCAGUCUCCGGUAUUGAAGUCUAGGUGAUUUGGAUACUGUGUGUGCACAAAUGUGAGAGAUGUGUGUGUGUCUUCGCAUACAUUGAUUUAUGGCAAUAUCAUGAAUUUUCAUAGGAAUUUCUUAGGCAAGGAAUACCUGGAAAUGGUUUACAAUUGCCUUCCUUUGACCAUAACCUAUGCGCUGCGGAUCUUUCAAUGUAAACAAUUGCAACAUAGACUGGGACUGAUGGGAGUUGUGGGGUGCCCAAAAAAGUGUUUAAUAUUCUUUCAAAAUUGAAAAAUUGAGGUUAGAUAGAAAUAACACUUUAUCAUUUACUAUAGCACGGCUUCCUACUAACUGAAAAAAAUGAGAAAGGGGACACAGAUUUCCAUCAAAUGUGCUAUGAGCAUAAAAGCGAAUUUAGAAGUAAUUUGCUGUUAAUGGGUUACUUUGAGGGGUCUUUUCCCUCUUCUGAAGCUUCUUCUUUAUUGUCAAAGCAGUAGACAUUUCACCACCACUUAAGCCCUGUUAAUGCAGUUUCCAAAGAACUUUGGAUUUCUUGAUUUGACUGAUUUUUAACAAAUUUCUUGUGUUGUUUUGCCUUCUUUUCUUGUAUUAAUUUUAAUUGAUUCUAAGUCUCUAUUAACUUAAAAUGGUAAGCUGUAGAACUAUGAAACAAUGGUGAUAUACGCUUAACAGAAAUAAAACAGAACAAUAUUUUUUUAUCUUUCCUCUCCAUUUAAUUGGUGUGAGGUAGUGGUGAUGGUGAAUAGAAUCCUAUUUUGUAAGAUAUGCAUAUGGAAAUUGCAUAUGGAAAAUUUAUUUUGCCCUCUGCCUCCUGGUAUCUGAGUACAUCAAUAUUUCAUCAGAAGAGAGAAUCUAGACAUUUCAGAUCUAUACUUGAAAGAGGAAAUAGAAUAGUGUAGCCAAGACACACCUCUAUUCCUUCUUUCUCAUUUUGACUACAUAUGCAUACACAUACACACACACACACACACACACACUUUAAAGUGCUGUCACUGAGAUCCCAUUCUAGAGGAAGUACUGUAUUUUAUCUUUUAUGUACCAUUAACUAACCAUGUGUACGGAAUACAUUGUGCAUUUAUUUAUUCUGAGCUAUCAAAUUUAUAUUUUAGUUAACAAAAUAUAAGGUACACAUCUAAUUAAAAUCUUGUACUCUGUGAUAAAGUAAAAAUUAAAUGAAAUAAAGUUCAAUGAUAACUUGAUUAAAGAGUUUGAUUUGUUCUGUGACUGAUCUCUUAACUCAAAUUGCUCUUAUCUCAAAAUGAAUUUUUCCGUUGAAAUGCAUUGAAAUGUUAUUAAUCUGUUCCACCACCCCAAAACCUCCCCCAAGUUUUUUGUUACAUGUUUUUAAACAAGAGAAUGCACUUUAUAAAUAACAAAUAACGUCUAAAAGCACAUUCACAUGGAACAAUAAAAAAGAAAGAUCAAUUUUAAAAUGAUAGAGGCCCAAAGUUGUGGCACAAUGGCAGAACCACAAAGUUGUGGCAAGGAAGUACAAAGCACAAAGUAAAGAUGUCUUUAUUUAUUUAUUUACAGCAUGUAUAUUCCGCCCUUCUCACCCCGAAGGGGACUCAGGGUGGAUCACAUCUAUAUAUAUAAAAGGGUAAUGAAAUUUCGGCCUAGGACAAAACAACAAAACUACACAUCCCAGAAACACUAAACUUGGCAACACAACCCCUCAUCCAUGCCUCUACGUUCAAACAACAAAAAGCUCCAGUUACUCCAGAAAACGGCCAGGCUUUGAAACUGCAAGACUAUUCACUGCUAUUCCAUCUGGCCAAUAAAGGAUUCCCAUAAGCCACAGCAAUGCGUGGCCGGGCAAAGCUAGUUACACAUAUAGGCAAACAUUCAAUGCCUUUUAACAUAGGACAAAGACAAACAAACAUAGGCUCCGAGCGGGCCUCGAACUCAUGACCUCCUGGUCAGAGUGAUUCAUUGCAGCUACUCUCCAGCCUGUGCCACAGCCCGAGCAUCAUUUUCUUCACACCCUCCCUCUCUUGCUCUUUUCCCCUUUCUCUCUUCAUGAAACCAAACAUAUCAGGAAUAAAAACCACACAAAAUCAACUAACCCAAAGUUCCUCUAAGCAGACAAGAGCAAAGCAGACAACAAUCUCCCAAAACAGACAAGGGCAUGAGACAUGAGACAUGGAGACACAGG